GCCGACGGCGGCGCGAGCGGGAGCGCGAGCGCGAGCAGCGGAAGGGCCGCGUGCUGGGCUCCGAAGGGCCGGCACGUGCAGCAGACCAGAUCCUGGUAACUGCGCCGAUCUGCCGCGAGUCCCGGGCCAGGUACAUGUUCGGCAACUACGACCAGUACUACAAGCAGCGAUUUGACCGCUAUGCCACGGUCGACCCCAGGGUGCAGGGUGUGCUGCUGAAAGCUGGCAACAUCUUCGCUGACAAGGUGGUGCUGGACAUCGGUUGCAACACAGGCUUCAUCACCUUCUUGGUGGCAGCAAUGGGUGCCCGGCAAGUGGAAGGCGUGGACAUCGACGUCACCUGCAUUUCUCGUGCCCUGAGGUACCUUCGCUGGCUCAAGCAGAAGGGCUACAAGACCUUGCCGGAAGAGGAGCAGGCGGAGCAGGUGCAGGAUGCCAAAGAGGGAAGCCGAGCGGCGGAAGAUGCGGCGAAGGGGGCGGCCCCCACGGACGAGGCCGCGGAGGCCAAGGACGCGGAGGCCGCGGCGAAGGCUCCUUCCUGGUACACGAAGCAGUAUCCCGUCAGCUACGUCCAGAGCCGCGGGCACAUUCCGUACCAUGCGAAGCCGCUGGAAGCAGGAGCCUUGCAGAAGGCCCUCGCCAGCGCCAAGGUCCUGGAGAAGGCCGUGCCGGUGAACCUCCCAGCCGCUCCAAGGCCGGGCUUCCCUUACAACAUCGAGUUUCGCUCCGAGAACGUCCUCUACACGCAGGUCGAGGGAAACCGAAACGUGCAAUACGAUGUAGUUCUGCUUUUCAGACUGACGAAGUGGAUUCACAUCAACUGGGGCGACCUUGGCAUCAAG